AUGAACGCACAUAUAAAUUUAGAUUAUAGAAGUGAUAUUAAUAAUAUGAAUGAAAUUAUAAUACCUCCUGUUAACAAUACAGAAAUGAUAUUAACAGAUAUUAAAGAAGAAUCUAACAUAAGGGGAGAAGAAGAGAUUAGUAGUGACAUAGAUAACAAUAAUCAUAUUAAAAAUAAUUUUAACGAAAUGGAAGAAGAAGAAGAAGAUGAUGACGAUGAUAAUAAAACUGUACGACAGUCUACUUUAAUGGUAUUAUCAUCUGUAUCAUCUGCAACAUCUUCAGAUCCUUCAGUAAUAAUACAUCAUCAUCAUCAUCAUCAUCAAAAUAGUAUAGAGAAUGGCAAUAUUGACGAUAGUAUGAAUAAUAAUGAUAAUACCAAUGGCGAUGACGAUAUAAGUGUAAUAAAGGAUACUAAAGAUGGCGAAGUCUCAAUACCAUUAUCAACCAGUUCUAUCGCUGUCGAUAAAUUUGUCAGCAACGAAGAACUUGUAUUAUUACCACCUUUACCAAAUGAAAUAGAUUUACAAUUAGAUACUCAAAAUUUAACAGGUUCAUUAACAAAUUCAAGUAAUAAUGAAAAUAAUGAAUAUAUCAAUAUGAACAAUAAUACUAAUAAUAUGACAACAACUAUUGUUACUGAUUCAUUUACACCAGGUUCAUUAUUAGACCCAUCGUCAUUGACAUCAAAUUCAACACCAGAGACGGAAAUAAAAUCAAUUAUGUUAUUACCACAGGAAACAGAUAAUAACAGCAAUAACGUCAUGAGUACUGCUGGAAUUCAUAUUGAUAAUACUUCUGAACCAAGAGCUACUCAUGCCAUGAUGAACGUAUCACAGGGAAGUCCACUUAUGUUAACACCACUUUCUGAAGAUGGAAAGUCAUCUCCAACAGAUUUUAAUAAUGUUAUGAAUACUUCAUUUGAUUUAUCAAAAGCAUUUGAAAUGUCAUCAUCACCAAAACCAACAACUGACUCAGAUAAUACUGUUAAUAUUGUAAAUACAAUCCCAGAACAUAAAAGACUAAUUUCAAAUUCUUCUUCGACAAUAUCUCAUAAACAAUCAUCGAUUUUAACAAAAAGAGUAUCAAAUAAAUCAGUCACACCGGUUGAAAAUAAAGAACCAACAAGAACACUACGAAAUGAAGAAAAAAUUUAUCAAGUAUCAAAUAUUAAUCAACAAGAAAAUAAUAAAAGUAAAUCUCAACACGGGCUACCUGUAGAUCUUUCAACUGAAGUAUAUAUCCCAUAUGUCUCAGACUCUUUAUCUACUGAUGAACCAGAUUUAACACCAUUAACAACACAUUCAAUUAUUCCAUUAAAGAAUAGAAAUUAUAACCUGAACAAUGAAGCAAAUAUAGAUUCUAUGAGUAUAGCUUCUCAAACUACUACAAAUAAAAAGUUACCAUUCUUAAGAAGGGCAUCUAGUACGUUGUUAAGAAAAGCAUCAAUGAAAUCAUUAUCAAGACAGGAUUCCAACCUUGUGUGUACACCUAGGUCAUCUGGAACUACUCCAAUACUAGCAUCUCCAUCACAAUUUGAAAGCAAUAUUGUCAGAACAAGAUCAAAUAGUGUCUUACAGGAAACAAAUUCAAGAAGAAAACCCACAAUGAAGAGAAAUGUUUCUUUCGGAUCCAGGAUGAAGAGAAGCUUUUCGAGGAUAGUAAGUAAUGGAGCAUCAAAUAACACCGAGAACACAAAUACCCCAACAUCACCAUUUGACUCUGAGAGAUACACACUUUCUCAUUCAAAUACAAAUGAUAUGAUCACUCCAACAAAACCUGACAAACAAUCAUUAUCGAAUAUACAAUCUCCAUUAGAUAUGAUACGACAAACACAUAGUUAUACACCAACACCAUCAUCUAUGUCAGUGAGACAACCAAGAGGUUCGUUGAGUUCUGUACCUGGAAUUAGUACUCCGGUAGGUUUAAAAGAGAACUCUGCAAUGAAACCAAAGCAACAAACAACGACAAGUAAGUUUAUUGAAAUAAACACAACUCUAUUACGAGAUACAAAAUUUGUUCCGGCUACAAAUAUAACUGACCAAAUUGUAAAUGAUAGCAAGACGCUUGAUAAGAUUAUUCAGCAAUCAAAGCUAUGUUUAUUACCAUCCUCAUAUGGGUCAUCUAUGGUAUCACAACAUUCAACGCCAUCAUUGGCAUCUUCCAACAGUAACAAACAAGAUGUAAAACUAGAAAAGUUUUCCAUUAAAGAAUAUGUACAGUUAUUGAAAUCAAUAAAGGAUGAAGAGAUAAAACAAUACGAUGCAAUAAUUAAAAAUUUAGAAAUCGAUGGGUGGUAUUCUACACAAGAGAUAGAUAAUAUGACUCAUAAGAAAGAUUUAUUAAAUAAAUUAUGGAGGGAUAGAAUAUCAUUUUAUCAAAACCAAAUGUAA